AUGUCUGUCUCUCCAUUCUCGGUCCAACAUGACUCUGAAGUGCAAGAAUACAACAAGCUUCGCGCGACAUAUCUGGCUGCCGAGAAGCAGAGGAAACAAGAGGCGAAAGUGAUGAAAGAGGCUUCCACAAGAACCUCGAAAGAUUCCAGAGCCGUGGGAUAUGACAAAGGUGGCCGAGGAUUUCUGAAGAAACUCCUCACUGCGCGACGACGAACUGAGGAUAAGGAAGGACCGUCGCGGCCGGAUGUGGAUGUCGAUGCAAAGACCCUCGUGGAGGAACCAGACUGGGACUCGGAUCAGGUGUCCUUGAAGACUGCAUUGGGAUGA